GGGCAGCAGGUCGUAACCAUCAGGCCUACAGCUAGGGGUCGAGCGGCUGGACAGAUCGGCAAGUGUGCCGUUGCGGUCGCCGCCUCCCUGUUGCAGACCCUAGCCCUGCUGCCGCUCGUAGUUCGUCUCUCCGUGCAGGUAUAGCAGCAUGGUUUUCUAUUCUCAAUUGUCAGCCUUCCGAGAUCUAAAAAGUAGCUCUGGGCCUAUCAUCCGAGCAGAUGCGUCUUCAAGAUGAUCACUGUCGAUUCUUAUUUCUCGAAGGGUUUUCCUUUCUGGAAAAGUGGUUUGCAAGCCUUCAAUCUUCGCAGUGCCCCGAAACAGCUCACCUGGUGUUUUUGGUGAAUCUCCCGCGCUGAGUUUAUCUUACCUAUGGCAGCCAUACUAGAAUCUUUGCUUGGAUCAUGUGCCACAAAGUUGCAAAAUAUCAUUAGUACUGAGGCCAUACUAAUCCUAGGGGUGGAAAAAGAGCUUGCAGAAGUGUUGCGUCAAGUGGAAAUCAUACGGUGUUGCAUAUAUGAUGCUGAGAAAAGGAGGACAAAAGAGCUAGUAGUAAAAAAUUGGCUUGGUCAACUGAGAGAUGCUAUCUAUGAUGUUGAUGAAAUCUUGGACGUGGCUAGAUGUAAAGGAAGUAAGCUAGUGCCUGACCAUCUUUCAUCAUCAUCAAGCAAAUCAACCGCAUUUAAAGGCCUUUCAGUUUCCUCUUUCUUUUGUAACAUCGGGUCACGUCGUGAUGUUGCUGUUCGGAUUAGAAGCCUCAACAAAAAGAUAGAGAAAAUCUUAAAGGACACAAUAUUUUUAACAUUCAACGGUAGUACACAACCUAUUGAAAAUGGCCGAAAAUCCAAACUAAUAAGAAGUUCCAACCUUGUUGAACCCAACCUAGUGGGAAAGGAGAUCACACAUUCUUGCAGGAAGUUGGUGGACUUAGUGCUUGAACGUAAGGAAAAUAAGUCUUACAAGCUCGCUAUUGUUGGAACCGGAGGAGUUGGUAAGACAACACUAGCUCAGAAAAUAUACAAUGACCAAAAAAUAAAAGGAAGCUUCGAGCUACAGGCAUGGAUUUGUGUUUCACAAGACUACAAUGAAGUAACUCUUCUGAAAGAGGUUCUACGAAAUAUUGGUGUGUAUCAUGAGCAAGGUGAAAGCAUAGCAGAGCUGCAGAGAAAACUUGCAGAAAAAAUUGAAGGAAAGAGUUUCUUUCUGGUUUUAGAUGAUGUGUGGCGUUCCAAUGUAUGGUCCGAUUUAUUAAGACCUCCAUUACACGCAGCAGCGGCAGGCGUAAUAUUAGUAACCACACGAGAUGAUCAAAUUGCAAUGAGAAUAGGCACACAACAUACCCAUAAAGUUGAUCUCAUGUCAGAAGAGGUGGGAUGGGAGCUACUUUGGAAGAGCAUGAACAUUGACGAAGAGAAAGAGGUGCAAACUUUAAGGAACACAGGGAUUAAGAUUGUUCAUAAAUGUGGUCGCCUCCCUCUCGCAAUAAAGGUUACCGCUGGUGCUUUGGCAAGCAGAGAUCUAACGGAGAAUGAGUGGAAAAAGUUUUUGGGCAAAUAUGCAGGCUCCCAGAGCAUGCUCUCUGAUGAAAUAGAAGGAGCUCUGUAUUUAAGCUAUGAUGAGUUACCGCAUCGUUUGAAGCAGUGUUUCCUUUAUUGUGCUCUGUAUACUGAAGAUUCUAUCAUUCACCGUGGUGUAAUUACCAAGCUAUGGAUCGCCGAAGGCUUCGUGGAGGAGCAACAAGGCCAACUACUAGAAGAAAUUGCAGAAGAGUACUACUAUGAGCUAAUCCAUCGGAAUCUUCUCCAUCCAGACAACACAUUUUUUGAGCUGACUGAAUGCAAAAUGCAUGACAUCUUAAGACAGCUUGCAUUAAAUCUAUCAAGAGAAGAAUGUUUCAUUGGAGAUGUUGAAACAUUAAGGGGUGAAAAUAUAUCUAAACUGCGGCGUGUUACUGCUGUCACAGAGAAGGAUAAAUUAGUAUUUCCUACCAUGGAUAAGGUUGAAGUUAAGGUGAGGACUUUCAUAACUGUUCCUGGUCCACGGAGAAUUGAGGAUACAUUGUUCAAGAGAUUUCUUCUUCUUCGUGUUUUGGUAUUGAAUUACUCACUUGUACAAAGCAUACCACAUUACAUAGGAAAACUGAUACAUCUACGACUACUGAAUCUAGAUUAUACUGGCAUAUCGUAUAUUCCGGAAUCCAUUGGCUCCCUAAAAAAUCUUCAAGUAUUGAACUUAAAAGGUUGUCAUGCUUUGCAUAGUCUUCCUUCAGCGGUGACCCAGUUGUGCAGUUUAAGAUCUCUUAAUCUUAUUAGUACAGAAAUAAAUCAGGUUCCAAAAGGGAUAGGAAAACUGAAGUUCCUCACUGAAUUACAUGGAUUUCCUGUUGGUGAUGGACGUGAUAAUGGUAAUUCCCUUCAUGGAUGGAAGUUGGACGAGUUGUCUUCCUUGCCACAAAUAAGAUUUCUCCGUCUGGCUAAAUUAGAAAGAGCGGCUCAUAAUAGUACAAAUGCAGUACUGAAAGACAAAAAUCAUCUAAAAGAACUAGUACUAUCGUGGACUGAGCAUGGAGAGGGAUCAUAUUCAGAAGAAGAUGUUAGCAAUACUGAGGAUGUCAUUGAGCAGCUAAUUCCUCCGAGCAAUCUGGAAAACCUAGCUAUUAAUCGAUUCUUUGGUCGGCGGUAUCCCACCUGGUUUGGCACCACCUCUUUGUCUUCAUUAAUACACUUGCACCUGAAAGAUUUCAAAUUAUGUGUGGAUCUUCCGCCAAUUGGGCAGCUACCCAACUUGAAAUUUCUGAAAAUUGAGAGAGUGUAUGCUGUUACCAAGGUUGGACCUGAAUUUGUGGGCUGCAGAAAGGGUGAUCCCGUAUGCAAUGAGUUGGUUGCUUUCCCUAAACUUGAAUGGUUGGUCAUCAAGGAUAUGCCAAACUGGGAGGAGUGGUCCUUUUUUGAUAAUGAAGAAGCAGUUGCUGCUGCUGAUGGAGGGGGAGGGGAUGUACCUGUUGAGAUCCUAGAAGAGGAUGCCCAAUCUGCAAGACUGCAAAUGUUGCCUCGUCUGGUGGUGUUGGGACUCUACAAUUGCCCGAAGCUGAGAGCUCUACCGCGACAGCUUGGGGAGGAUACCACCAGCUUGAAGAAGCUCAAAUUAAUUGGGACAAGUAACUUGAAGGACGUGGAGAAUUUCCCACUGCUCUCCGAGCUCAUUAUUAAGAACUGUGAAUGCCUUGAGAGGAUCUCCAACCUCCCUCAAGUGUCAGAACUGCGUGUACAUGGUUGUCUAAACUUGAGCUAUAUAGAAGGGUUGGGAAGUUUGCGGCAACUAUGGCUGGGUGGGGAUAUGCAAGAGAUCUCUUCUCGCUUGGUGCCUGGGCUUCAAAAGCAGCACCAGCGACUUCAUGGCGAAGACCUGGAUGUCUACACGCUGUCUACCAGUUAGAUGCAUGGAAACAGAAGCACAAGGACUGAUGGCGCAGUUUAGUUGGACGGAUGAAGCGCGCAUUAGGAAGCCUAUCAAUGCUAAAGAUGUGCAUGUCCUUGAUGUGUAGUCAGCUGGUGAAGGAAGUGUCCUGUUUUUCUUUUGGGCAGGUGCCCUGGAUCUGAAGACGUGCAAGCCUAUGAACGCUAGGUUCUGAAUUUGAUGGGUCCGGAGGCCUUUGCUGUACUGAACUGAACCUGGGGCUGGAGUGGAGGCCUUUACAAACAGGAGCAUAACUUCAUGUCACUGUCUCCAGCUUUGUAAGGGAUUCUUUUUAGUAAUUGACUGGUCAUAUUUGCGCACCUAGGAUGAUUUGGGGAUUCAUUUCUCCACUAGCAUUUUGUAUUUUUGGUCUGUAAACAUGUGUUCCACUGUUCCUGUAAAACAUGUUUGACUGGAAAUCAUACCCGACCAUAUAUAAAAACCGGUUGUUGCAGGAAGAUGGUGCACCUGCAGAAA